AUGUUUCAUUCUCGCUUUCCAAGUAGAAAAAUAAUUCAGAGUAUUGGCUGCGAAAUUUUUACAACCGCAAAAACGAUAAACCGACAUGACCAACUUACGACUAAACAUAACAACAACAGCUUAACCGAUGUGUAUGAGUGCUAUGAGGUUUUAAAGAAUUUUAAAAAGAAAAGCACACUGAAGAAUUCAUUAAAAAGAUAUAGAGAAAUAGUUCAAAAGGAAACUAAAAGAAAAGGCUAUAAUUUCUAUUCUGGGUGGCCUCCAAGAGAUAGAAUAAAAAUUACAGAUGAUGAAAAGUUGGGACUCUAUGGGCGGAAAAUGUUUAUAAUGAACAGAGUAAAAGGAAUUAAAGAAAAGGAACCUAAUCUAUGUAUAUGUUGCAAAAAUAAGAAUAUCCUUUUUUUUAAUAAAUCUGAAUUUGAGUCAUUGUUAAAAAACAUGGGUUUCAUAAAACAUCAACUGGAGGAAUUUGCAAAAAAAAUUUGA